AUGGCAAAUGAUAUGCCUGACCCUGUGCAGUUCUGCUCUCACGUGGCAAAGCUACACAAACUCAGCACAUCCCCGAAUAACUGCUUCGGUUUUCACGUGGUAACAAAUCAAGGGAAAUUCCCACAAGCCGUGGAGUAUGUGUAUUAUUGGAGCCCCUUCGCUUACUUCCAAAUAACUCUGUAAUUAUCCCAGGUUUCCCAGAACGAACGCUGAUUGAGAUCUAGAUGGGACCCUAGCUGGCAGUCAUUCUUUACCAAAAUGCUGAAGCAUUCCAUCAAAAUUGAUUCACAAGAAAACGGCACCAUAGAUGCCCUGUCGGAAGUCUCUUCACGAUUGAUCGACUCGGUAAUUCCACUUCUUCUUGGACCCCUGGAAUCUGACGGACGCACUGUGAAACCUUGUCUGAUUCACGGCGACCUCUGGGACGGGAAUAUAGGUACCGACCGUAAGACUGGAACCAUCUACAUUUUUGACGCUGGCGCAUACUAUGCUCAUAGCGAACUGGAGCUCGGGAUGUGGAGGUGUCAACGCCAUCGUUUUGUAGACCAAGAGGUUUACUUGCGAGAGUAUUUGAAAAACGCCGGAAUAAGCGAGCCUAUCGAAAUGUUCGAUGAUCGAAAUAGGUUGUAUUGCAUUUAUAUGAAUAUAUGGGCUUCUGCUCAUCAUACGGGAGGCAUCGAUCGUGAUAUGUAGGCUAUUUCGAGCUCAUCUUAUGCACAAAAGGUGGAAUACUAACAUGGUGAUUGUCAACAGGGCAUAUAAGGAUAUAUUGUUUCUCGUUAACAAAUACGCUCCAUCUUCUGACAACGUAUUGCCCUGAUUUCCAGCCCUAAGAGCAACUCCUUCAUCAUUCUGCAGAGUACAUGAGUACUCCUUGGUUUCUGGUCAGAGAGAAAGUGGCUGGAGCUAAACUGGGAUUAUCGUGUAAAAUUCAGACCCAAUAAAUAUUCAAUGCAAAAGAUGUAUUGAUUCCAU